GGGUCAUUAUUUUGUUUUCUACAAGAACCUGGUUUUGUUUUCUGCAGAAUCUCCCCUUCAACGCUCCGGUCCAGCAGGUGGCAGUAACGCACAUCUAGUAAACUCGUGGUGGACAAGAUGGCGGCGGCAGCAGCGUCGAGCAGCUCCGGACAGAAAGUGUCUGUUAAAAGCGAGCUGGACCCGGACCGGAGCAGCCAGGAGGUCAGCACCGGGAAACGGAGAGGAGGAGAUGGACUCAAACCUCACCGCUGUCAGCACUGUGACAAAUCCUUCACAACAUCUGGAAAUUUAAAGAUUCAUCAGAGAGUUCACGCUGGAGAGAAACCGUACUGGUGUGACCAGUGUGGGAAAUCUUUCAAUAGAGCAGGUGACCUAAGAAAGCACCAACGUGUUCACACUGGAGAGAAACCGUACAGCUGUGACCAGUGUGGGAAAACUUUCUCUCAGUCAAGUAACCUACAAAUUCACAGACGUGGUCACACUGGAGAGAGACCGAACUGGUGUGAACAGUGUGGAAAAGCUUUCACUUCAUUGGGUAACCUACAUAAUCACAGACGCAUUCACACCGGGGAGAAGCCAUACUGGUGUGAAGAAUGUGGGAAAACCUUUGCUCAUGUUAGUAACCUUAAAGGACACCUACGUUUUCACACUGGUGUGAAACCUCACGGGUGUGAACAGUGUGGGAAAACCUUUACUACCCCAAGUGAUCUCACAGUGCACAGACGUGUUCACACGGGAGAGAAACCGUUCUGGUGUGAACUGUGUGGGAAAACUUUCACUCAGUCGGGUAACCUACAAGUUCAUCGACGUGUUCACACUGGAGAUAAACCUUACUGGUGUGAACACUGUGGGAAAACUUUCACUCGGAGUGAAUAUCUUAAAGCCCACCAGCGCAGUCACACUGCUUCGUUAAAGAGAGGAGGAGAUGGACUCAAACGUCAUCGCUGUCAGCACUGUGACAAAUCCUUCACAACAUCUGGAUAUUUGAAGAUUCAUCAGAGAGUUCACACUGGAGAGAAACCGUACUGGUGUGACCAAUGUGGGAAAACUUGUAUUACAUCAAGUGCCCUAAAAAUCCACCAACGUGUUCACACUGGAGAGAAACCGUACUGGUGUGAACAGUGUGGAAAAGCUUUCACUAAUUCAGUUCACCUAGAAAUCCACCAACGGGUUCACACUGGAGAGAAACCUCAUUGGUGUGAACAGUGUGGAAAAACUUUUGCGCAAUCAAGUAACCUUGAACAGCACCAACGUAUUCACACUGGAGAGAAACCUCACUGGUGUGAACAGUGUGGAAAAACUUUUGCUCAUUCAGCUCACCUAAAAGUUCACCAACGUAUUCACACUGGAGAGAAACCGUACUGGUGUGAACUGUGUGGAAAAACUUUUGCGCAUUCAGCUCUCCUAAAAUCCCACAAACGUGUUCACACUGGAGAGAAACCGUACGGGUGUGAACAGUGUGGGAAAACCUUCACUCGAUCAGAUAACCUAAAGCAGCACCAACGUGUUCACACUGGAGAGAAACCUCACUGGUGUGAACAGUGUGGAAAAACUUUUGCUCAUUCAGCUCAACUAAAAAUGCACAAACGUGUUCACACUGGAGAGAAACCGUACAGGUGUGAGCAGUGUGGGAAAACCUUCACUCGACCAGGUCAACUAAAAAUUCACCAACAUGUUCACACUGGAAAGAAACCGUAUGGGUGUGAACAGUGUGGGAAAUCUUAUACCAGCAGAAGAAACCUUAGAGAACACAAAUGCACUCACAAAACAUGAGUGUGACAGUCUUUCCAGAGCCGAGCUAGCUGUUUCUCCUGCCCUGAAUACACCCACCUGUUAUCAUGUGACUGUGCUGGAUUAACGCCAUGUGUUGACAGCUGAGAAAGAUUAUUUGGAAAGAGCUGGAAAGCGUCAGUCCGGAGGUUGUAUCAGCCAAUAGCAAGUGCUUUUCAAGCGGCCUUUUAUUGUGGCCAGUAUAAGGCACACCUGUGCAAUCCCCAUGCUGUCUGAUCAGCAUCUUGAUAUGCGACACCUGUGAGGUGGAUGGAUUAUCUGGGCAAAGGAAAAGUGCUCACUAACACAGAUUUGUGAACAAUAUUUCAGAGAAAUAGCCCUGUGUUUUUGCCUCCGUUCAUCAUAAGCUGAACUCAGUGUUGCAUUUAUAAUAUUGUUCAGUGUAAAUAUAUUGUCGCCGACCCAGUCCUGUUCUGCCUCCUUCCUGAGAAAAUGUUGAAUAAUCCACCUGAUUGUGACAAUGACAACAUUGAUGAUUUCGACCAAACUGCUUAAAUUAAAUAUGUUUUUAUCCCCAGCUUUCUCACUACUCAAGAAUGUCUCUGUUCUACAAAACAGCUAAAGCUCAUUUCUUCUGUCUACUAAUGAUAUGUCUGCUUAAACAGUAAGAUGAGAGCAUUCAUUGAUGAACUGACAGUUUGUUAUAAACUUAAUGUGACCAUGGCCAAAAGUGGAGCUGUAACAGAAACAAAUAGAUUUUACCUGUAUGUACUUUUAAUAAUCCUCUAUAUGUCAUUACCUUAUGUUCUUUGCUCUGAAAACAUUUCUUCCCUCGAUGGUUUGGCAGCAGGAGCACAUUUAGCUCAGAUCUGGGGCCAGUCGCAAGUCCAACAACAUGAUUAAAUUAUAAAAGGAAAGGCUGCCAAACGCUGAGAAUGUAAAAGUCUCCAAGUCAAUGAGCAGGACUGUUCAGAAGUUUCAAGAAACGUUUUGUUGCAGUUAUUGCUGACAUACUCAGUAUUGACUGCCUGUUUUUAGUAAUGUAAUGAUGUUUUUGGACUUUCUUUUGAGGACCUUGUAAAAUGUUCAUGAUAGAGAGAAAGAGGGAGCGAGCGAGGAGGUGCUGCUCGAAUUUAUGCUCCUCAAUACAGUUCCUUUAAUCAAAAAUAAUUUUAAAUAUGCCUAGUAAAAAUAUUGAAAAUCAA